GUGGGAAGCUCAGUCAGCAGGUUGGCUACACCAGUGACCCAUGAGCUCGAAUGCCACAGGCACCGGGGCCAGCAGUCCACGGAAGCAGAACAGAGAAGCCAUUUCCUGGGUUCACGAACCAGAUGACACAUCAUAGAGUUGUCGUAAGGACUUAAGGAAAUAAUACUGAGAAAGCUCUUUCCAGGCAGAGGACAGCAGCAUGAGGCUGUGGCUGAGAGGCCUGGUCCGCCCGGCGCUGACGUGUGCCCGGGGACUCAGCAGGUCUCCUGGGCAGUCACCACCUCUACCCGUCCCUCAGAAGAUGGUGGCCACCUGGGAAGCCAUCUGUCUGGGGACGAGGCCGGUGCCUGAGUACUUCAACUUUGCCCAGGACGUGCUGGACGCGUGGAGUCAGCUGGAAAAGGCUGGGCACCGGCCCCCGAACCCCGCGUUCUGGUGGGUCAGUGGCGACGGAGCCGAGGUCAAGUGGAGCUUUGAAGAGCUGGGGACGCUGUCCAGGAAGGCAGCUAACGUGCUGGUGGGCGCGUGCGGCCUGCAGCCUGGGGACAGAAUGCUGCUGGUCCUCCCGAGGAUCCCGGAGUGGUGGCUGGCCAGCGUGGCCUGCAUGCGGGCAGGGGUUGUCAUGGUUCCGGGCACCUCUCAGCUGAUGGAGAAGGACCUCAAGUACCGGCUGCAGGAGUCCAGGGCCAAGUCCAUUAUCACCAGUGGCCCCCUGGCUCCGAGGGUGGACGCCAUUAGAGCCGACUGCCCUUCCCUGCAGACCAAGCUGCUGGUGUCUGAUAGCAGUCGGCCAGGCUGGAUGAACUUCAGGGAACUCUUCCGGGAGGCGUCCGCAGAACACAGCUGUGUGAGGACCAAGAGUCGGGACCCGAUGUCCAUCUUCUUCACAAGUGGCACUACAGGGACCCCCAAGAUGGUUGAGCACUCCCACGCCAGCCACGGACUGGGUCUUGUGGCCUGUUCAAGGCAGUUCAUGGCCUUGACCGAAUCGGACAUCUUCUGGAACGCAACUGACACUGGCUGGGUGAAAGCAGCCUGGACCCUCUUCUGUGCCUGGCAUAACGGCGCUUGCGUUUUUGUGCAUGAACUGCCCCAAGUUGAAGCCAAGGUCAUUCUGCACACUCUCUCCAGGUUCCCGAUCACCACCUACUGCUCCGUCCCCACGAUCUACCGGCUGCUUGUGCAGGAGGAUCUGACUAGGUACCAGUUUCAGAGCCUGAAGCAUUGUGUGACUGGAGGAGAAGCCCUCAAUCCCGACGUGAGGGAGAAAUGGAAGAACCAGACAGGCCUGGAGGUGCACGAAGGCUAUGGCCAGUCUGAAACGAUCCUAAUCUGUGCCAAUCUGAAAGGUACCACCAUCAAGCCUGGCUCCAUGGGGAAAGCGUGCGCACCUUACGACGUGCAGAUUGUGGACGACGAUGGCAACAUCCUGCCUCCGGGAGAAGAGGGGAAUGUGGCUAUCCGCAUCAGACCCAAGCGGCCCUUCUGCUUCUUUAGUUGCUAUUUGGACAAUCCUAAGAAGACAGCCGAGUCAGAACGGGGGGACUUUUACAUCACGGGGGACCGCGCCCACAUGGACACAGACGGCUACUUCUGGUUCCUGGGAAGAAAUGACGACGUGAUCAAUUCCUCAAGCUACCGGAUCGGGCCCUUUGAAGUGGAAAGCGCCCUUGCUGAACACCCAGCUGUGGUGGAGUCUGCCGUGGUUGGCAGCCCAGACCCCAUCCGAGGGGAGGUGGUAAAGGCAUUUAUAGUCCUUUCUCCAGCCUACUCCUCUCGUGAUCCAGAGGAACUGACCCGCGAACUGCAGGAGCACGUGAAGAGGGUGACCGCGCCAUACAAGUACCCCAGGAAGGUGGCCUUCGUUUCAGAACUGCCAAAGACAGUCUCGGGAAAGAUCCAAAGGGUGCAAUUGAGAAACCAGGAAUGGAGAGAUAAGAGGCAACCCCAAAAGGGCCCCGCAGGCCUCUGAAGGUGUUGAGAGGAAUUGAUGGGAUCACGGGUUAGCCCCCACUUGGAGCAUCACCCCUUCAGCCCUCAGGGGGCCCUGGAAAGAAGAAGCAGCAGAGUAUCAUGGACCCAGAAAGCACAGUCACGGCCCAGCCAGCGAGUGCGUGGUGGCCUGACCUUCCCCUCUGUCUGGAGGCGUCUUUAGCAGCUGACCACUGCCUUAUUAAUACUUCCUGAGAGCUGCAGCUGGCUUUCCGAAGGACGGGUCAUGGGGCACUUGGGGUCUCAGUGACAACCACUUGAGCCUUUUCAUAAAGCCAUUUGGUGAUCAUAUCCAGGGCCACAAAAAAUUGGUCAUACCCUUUAGCUCAGAAAUUCCAUCUUUGGGAAUCAUUACAAAAGAAUGGACUUAAAAUAUAUUGACUGUAGCGUUAUUUUUAACCAUCCAAAAAAUAAAAAAUAAAAAAUCAAUGUCCACACAAUAAAGCCAUAAUUAAUUAAAUCGUAGUAAAUGAACUCCCUGUAUUCCACAAACAUUAAAAACAUGCCUUGGGG